AUGACUCGUGCCCUUGGCCGAUGGCAUGACGAGCCCGAGCCAACCCCGUGGACCGGCAGAGGCUCGUACGGAAAGCGUCGCAUUCGUUCUCCACCAGGCAGGAGUCGGAGUCGUAGGAGUCGCGUUCAGCAUCUGCGCCAUGAGUUCCAUGAGUUCGAGCGAGAGCGCUCUCGCUGUUCUCGUUCACGAUCCCGGCCAUCGACGUCAGACCUACACGGCAUAGCUCAAAGCCUGGCGGAUGCUAUCAUGGACCUGCAGGUUCCAUGUGAGAAUUUGCAAGGACUCUGGUCUAAACUGAUCAGGUUGCGUUCCCGCCUUAGAAGCCAUGAUGGAAACAGAACACCGGCUUACAACUCUUUUUCCACGAGUCGACCAUCUCUGGAUCCACUGGAUCCAAAUGUGACACGUGAGACCUAUCCGACCCAUCCCAAAAGCAAUUGGAUAGGCAAGCUACAAGAGCUGUACAGUCGAGCUUCGCAGAGGCCUGUGAAAAAGGAUGAGAUUAAGUACACGACACACGAGGAGUCAGCGGCAUCGUCUUCGACUAAGCAGUUUCGGUCGACUGUGGAGGCCAGCAACUUCACAUAUCGCUAUCAUGGGAGCUUGUGCAAUACAAAGAAGCAGGCCGAGCAUUCAGCGGCAUACACGGCAAUCCGUGCCGAGUUCCCAGAAUGUGACCUUGAAGAGGCUCUUUCGAGUCAAUCUCGACCUGAUCGAAACUUGACAAGCUUGACCUUCAAGAGCAAGUUGCAUGAGGAGCUGAAGAGACGCCUCGGCAUGGAGAUCACUCGUGAUCAGCUUCCCUAUGAAACGACUUUUUUCGAAGACAACCAGCCGGACGAGCUUUACGUGUCUCGAGUGACACUCAAGUGCUAUGGUGCCGAUGGGGCAAGUUACACUGGGAAUUUGCAGCCGACUCGGAAGCUGGCUGAGCAGUCCGCCGCCGAGGUGGCUCUGGCUGCCUUGGAAGAUGAGGUCGGUCAGGUGACAAAGAAGAAACAAGCGCGUGAGAAGAACAAGGCCAUGCGCCAUGAAGUGAAGGAAGAGGAGGAGAGUUACAGCACCUACUCGUCUUGUGACCAUGAAGAAGAUGACGGCUGA